AUGUCCGGAAGUGCGAGAUCAAUGGACAUUUUGCCGGAUAUUCUGGCACAGACUGUGGAAUCCAAUGUGCGAACCAUGAUGCAAUCUUGUAGCGAUGCAGAGCAGGCAGACAGAAUUAGAGCGGAUGUCUUAAGCAUACAGCAAGCUUUUGACAGUGUCGACCGAAAACUUCCUGGAUUUAUUCAGGAUUUUCUCAGGGGCUUCAUGGAACGCUUUGGACUUGAAACCGUUUUAGACGUCGAAGAAAUGACGUUGCGACUGUCAUCGAUGGAUGUCGAAAUUCCACAUUAUCUCUCGAGUGUUCCUCACUGCCAAGUGCUGGAGAAAAAUGCUGCUGAUUUAAAACAUGUCCUCAGCCGAAUCCCUACCGAGAUUGGUCAUCGAAAUGAAUUUAUUGCACUUAUAAAACAAAUUGCUAAUGCCAUUAAAAAUCUCCUGGAUUGCAUUAAUCUCAUCUUAAAUGCUCUCCCGUCUGGGGUGACCAAGCAAGGUCUCGACGACCACAUGCGUAAAUUCGUCGAUUACUCCCGGAAGUUUAGUAGUGCCCUGAAAAAGUUCUUCCGUGAUCGUGGGUAA